AAUGUUGGCGACAGAAGGUACAGUGAUGUCAGUUCAGUUCGCAUGGAUCUCUCCAAUCUUGUGACUUGGGCCCACACUCAUGGAACUAUAUGCAAUCAAAUCCCAACCUUGGAAGCUGUGCAGAACAUGGGUCGUUCUAGCAAGGACAAUUCCAUUCUGUGGAUAUGUGGAGUUGGACAUGCAUAUCACUGGCCUUGUGGAAAGUUACACUUGAGAAGCAGAGAGGAGAAAGAAGCUGUAGAAGAGAGAAAGAGGUCUAUAUGCUAUGAGACUUCAUUAGGAAAACCUAAUUUAGAUGAAAAAAGGUUCAGGAUAACCCCAUCUUUUGAGAGGGCUAAAGCAGACUCUGUUACUACAGGGUCAUGUAGCAGAUCUACAGGGGUCACUCAGCAGAAAGAUGACACAGUUUACAAAAUAGAUGAGGCACCAACACUCAGAGAAAAUGAGAGAGGACUAAUCACUCAGCAACACAGUAAAUCCAUGAGAUCAUGCUCUGCAGCAGAGCAGCAUUUCCCAGUAUCUGGUGGUGAAGUCAAAACUGACCUACAUAAGGUGAAGCUAGAAAGCAAUGAAGAUCUGCAAAUCAUCUCUGAUGAAGAACAGUUUGUAUCAGAUGCAGAAAACCAAGUAGACAGAAUCAACUGGAAUAUUCUUUCAGAAUCACAAAUUAAAGGUGUAACUGCUGAGGUAGAAUUGCAAACGCACCGCAAUUGGAAGACGGCAAUUAACACGCAGACAGCCACCCACACAUCCUGCUCUACCCCCAUUGAGAAGCCACCACUAACUCCUUGCUUACAGGAGACUUUAGAAGACAUCAUUCAAAAGAGCCUGGAAAGCAGCUGGAAGUUAGUUCCUCUUAAUUCUGUGGAGUCCAAAAAUGAAACUUUUAAAGCAAGGAAUUCCACUGGGUCAGCAAUAUCUAAAGAACACUUCAAAUCAGUUCCUGUCUUCGACACUGAAGCAAAGAUCCAACGAGAAUCACCUGCCUCUGUGACAUUCUUUGAGUUUGAAGCUACUGUAGAUGUCCAGCAGCAACUCCAACUGAGCUCUCCUGAGCGUGGCGCAUCAGAAAUGAGCUUAAUUGGGAACUUUGCUGAAAUCCCUAUUCAGGAGAGUAAGCCAUUAGGAUCUCAACAUGCACCUCAUGUUUCAGCCUCGCUGAGUCCAGAGAGCAAGAAUUCAGAUCAUCCACCUGUGUCUUCAGACAAAAAUGUGUUGAGGAAGUGGGAGAAUAAGAGAAGCCGUAGCGCUGGCGACAUAAAAAUGUUCAGAGACUGGUUGGUUUUACAUUUCCCUUCUGAAACGCGUGAGAUCUUUAUCCUGCCGCCUGAAGACCUCGAUAAUUACCUAGCCUUGUUCUACAGUAAUGCAAAGAAGCAGAAUGGCACAGAAUUUUCUGCCAGCUCCUUGUACUUCUUUCAGAGCAGCAUAGACAGAUACCUCAAGGAUCACAAGUACGAGUAUAACAUGGUUAGAGGGCUGGAAUUCAGAGCCUCCCAAGAAGCCUUAAAACAAAAGUGUCAGCAACUAACACAAAAAGAGAGAGAGAGAGAUUGGAAUAUUUUGGAGAACCUGACAGAUAAAGAUGUGGAAAGUCUUCGUAAAAAGGGGAUAUUAAGUCACAUGCACCCUGAAGGCUUUUUGCACCUCAUGCUCAUAAAUCUCAUUAGGGGGUUUGGGGCAAACACACACAAUCAGAGUCGUAAUCUGUACUGGGGACAGCUUGUAUUAAAAAAGGACGAGGAGGGAUUGGAAUACUUGGAAUGGAAGGAUGAGCUAAAUGCAGAGGUAAAUGCAGGGGAAUCAACUGCACGUGUCUUUGCCAAACCUGAUAAUCCAGAUAACUGUCCGAUCCGAGACUAUAAAGAGUAUGCUAAGAGGAGGCCACUAGAUAUGCUUCAUGACCAUGAUCCACUUUAUCUAUCUCCCAAACCUUUGUGCUCCGUGUGGGACCAGAUAUGGUACUGUAGAAAAUCACUGACAAAAGCCAAAAUGGAAAAGAUCAUGAAAGUUAUUAUCCAGCAAGUCAAAGGAACUGAAAAGAAGUCCAAGAAAUAAAAGUAUAAAUUUAAUUUCUGCUUUGCCACUUUUUGGUAGGAGUAUGUUUUAAAGUAGUCUUUGAAAGGUUUAUGUGGCAAUACUUAGUCUAGGUUGAGAGAACAUCCUUCUCAGUCCUCACAUGAGAGCAUGAAGUCAUCUAUAAAUUUGUAUCACCUUAGCUUUCAGGUUAAGUGAAAAACUUCUAUUAUUCUUUCUGUUAAAUGGAUUUGAUAAUUCCAUAAAUGGAAUACAAAUGUGAAAUCUAAGAUUGUCAUAUGUAAUAGAAAUUAAUAUUCUGCUGUAUUAAUGAAAUGAUAAAAUAGCUAAUAUUAACAUGGAGGGGGCAGUAAUUGAAUUCAACUUCACUAAGAGUUUAAGCUGUAUUCAUUUUGAGGGGAGCUGACUAUUGUAAACUGCAUUAGUCUACAGUAUAACAGUCUAUCAUAAAAAGAUAAGUAACAUGAAUUAGUUUUGGGAUGGAAGGAGAACGAUGAAAUACUUAAGUGUUUGCCAGUUGCUAAUGCAUAGCUAAUGGGAACGUUAUCAACAAGGUUUAUGUCAUUUUUCUUAGUGAAAGAUUUUUAGAUUUAAGACAUUGUGAUAGUGUUUCAAAAAGUUACUUAAAAAGUGACCGACAGCCUUGGAAAGUUUUAUAGUAACUGUUUUCCCCAGAGUGCUAAAUAUAGCUACAUAAAUAGGCUUCGGUAGAUGCAGUUAACUAUUUUAAGCUAUUCAAGUGCUAUUCAGUCAAUAUUUUUUCUUACAGUCCAGUCAAGUUGUUGGAUGGAAUUGUUGA